AGGGUGAACGGAGAUAAGGUUUUCCGGAGAGCAAAACAAGUUUGCUGCGAGCAGCUGCCACGCAUGCAACUUCAACCGCAGCAGUAGUUUCGUUUUAAGCUCAGCUUCUUCCCCUCCUGUGGGUUUCUUGCGGGGGGUGCUGUCAAACUGCGAGCUCUGGUUUGACCCCUCAGGGAGUUCGCUGUCUCACUGCAGUGACAGCUCCUGAUCCCUUAGCAGACUUGUCUCCCUUCGUAAACCCUUAAACUCCUUUUAAACUUGUGUUUUUAGCAUAGGACAAACAUGCUCCCCUGCCAUGGCUUCCUAUGGUACCUGGUGCCCACGAGGUCUUGGAGUGUUGCAGAGGCAAAAAAAAAAAAAAGGCUCUGGAUGGCUUGAUGGGAUCUUGCAAAUGCGGGAGGCAUGACUGGCUGCAGACUUUCUCAGCCUUUUCCUUGUUAACACGCAGCCUGAGCAGUGGUCCCUGCAGACACGGGGGGAACAUGAGCUCCUGGGCUGGGUUUGCCAGCCGAUGCUAAAACGCGACAGUCCGGCCCUUCUCAGCCCACAAUGGGGAAAGGAGCCAAAGAACCAGAUUCUUCAGACCGAGAGGAAGCGUUGAACAGCUGCAACGAUGUAGAGAAAGAGUACAAAUGGGGGUCCAACACCAAGAAGUCAGACAGCGAAAGAUCCCGCUUGUUGCGGGUUUUCAUCCCUGUGUGUGGGGGGCUGGUGCUCACCAUCUUCGUCCUGCUGGUGGCCUUGACUGUUGUACGUUUGGAACCCUCUUUGCCUCGCCUGGACUUCUCCCACGUGUGCCCAGACACCUGGCUUGGUUUCCAAGGGAAAUGCUAUUAUUUUUCUGAGACUGAGAACAAUUGGAUGGUCAGUCAGGAAAGGUGUGAGGCCCUGGGAGCUUCACUGGCCAUUAUAAGCACCGAGGAUGAACUGGCCUUUAUUAAACGCUAUAAAGGCGAAGCUAACCAUUGGUUUGGGCUGCAAAAGGAGAAGGAUGGGAGCUGGUGGUGGACCAACGGCACAGCCUUCAACAACUGGUUUGAGGUGCGGGGUGGUGGACCCUGUGCAUACCUCAACCAGGAGAGGAUCAGCUCGUCCCUGUGCCACACCAAGAAGAACUGGCUCUGCAGCAGACCUGACAACUACAUCCUCUGGCAGCAAAAAGCAUAUCCAUAAAAAAAGACCCCAUAAACAGGAGCUUCAUCCCAGGUGAAGGAGAACUGAGCACAGUUUUCUUUGGUAAAACCUUAUACCCGACUCUAUCAGCAACAUUUAUGAGUUUGCAUUUUCAUGAGACUUUCUGCUCAGAGGCUAGACUAUCAUUGUCACUGUUGCUGGAGCGCUGCACCAGAAAAAGCAUAGCAUUUUCCGUGAUCUUUCGAAAGCCCGCUUUUGCCUCUAAGUCAGUUAGGUCCAUAAGAUACUCACUUGAGUGAAUUAAUGGCAAUGAGUAGAUCUUGCUGUUGGAAGGGGCUGAAAAAAGGUGGGGAGGGAAUUUGCUGAAAUGGUGAAUUUGCGUGGGCUUGGAGUGUUUGAAGGUUGGUUUUUUUUAC